AGUGGGGCUCUCACAGUUUGACUGCGAGAAUACACUGGCUCACCGGAGCGAUACACACCGGACACACUUAAACGGUUGGGACUGGCCAACAGUUUCACACGGAUAAAGAGGACGGAAUCGCAAAUUAUCUUCGAUUUAUAGGAUACGCAGAAGACAUAAGAGAGAGAGACGAGAGGAAACACCAAGACACCCACCGAUGUUGUCGGCAAUGAACCAGCCCGUGCGACUCCAAUGAAAGACAGCAGCGCCCCGAAUGCGGAUGCUUAGGACAAGAGGAAAUUGUCUUAAGGGAGGAAAAGCAACAUUGACGAUUUUGGGGGGUUGCAUUUUGGGAAAGACAUUGAAGGCGGGUACAAUGAUUGCUGCACAUUAAUGAACCAACUCUCGAUAGUAUAGCUAGCUAGCUAGCUAGCUGGAACCUAGCUAGUUUCCAGUGUCGUUUGCACGGAUAGAGCAGGGAAAAUGAAGUUUCGCAAGAGCUAACGCUAGCUAACCAGCUUACAUUUCCUGCAAAUUUCCAUCUUGAGUUAUCUUAUAAUAAACAGAGGAAAGCGAGAGGGUGAGGCAGCAAGGGCGAUCGUCUCCUAUCGUUAUUACAACUACCACUAGGGAGACAGCUUUCCAGUUAGUGAGGCAGCUAGUUGGCUAGCAAGCUAGCUAGCUAAUUUCCCUUUUCGGUCGUCCCCUCCCCCUCCACCACCAUAUGCGAAAAAAACGAUAGCAGAAAAAAAAAACUCACAAGACAAGAGAAAAUAGACGGAACCCGGAGAGCUUGGUUGUGUGCUAGGUUAUAUGCAGCCAAUGGUGAGAUGGGGAGAAUCUGAUUGAAGAAGAAAAGCUAGCUAGCUAGUGACUUCGGUUGGUUACAUUUUGAACUUGAUCUGCCAGCUAGCUGGCGUAUUAGCUAGCUAGUUAUUGCUAGCUAGCUAGCUGUAUAUCGAGCCAGUCGGGGGACGGUCAAUAGCAAACCCCCUUCCCUUAUCAACCAAGAAAAUGGAGAAGCGCUCGUCGAUUCCUUUGCUGUAGUUUUGCCUUGUCAAUUUAAUACACUACGUUUCUGUCAAUGUAUCAUUUUGGCUGGCCAGUUACAUAUGAUCAACAUUAAAUGCACUUCACUUGAAUAUUAUCCCAAGAGCUAUCAAUAUCUAUUUAGGCUGCCAACUAUAGCUAUCGAUGCCUCCUUUCUGUGCGGCGCAAGAGAUCGGCGAUACAGGAAGCAAACAACGGAAGCGAUGAAAAAAUAACAUUGUGGGAUGAAUUGGAGAAAAACUCUUUUAGGUUAUUUUCUUCCGCAUAUCCACUGUUCAUCUUAAAUUGCAAGUUGUUAUUUGGAAAAUGAAGCAACACUAACCCAUGAGUUCAUCUUCAUGAUGCAUUUGAUUUCUUGCGAGCUAGCCAGCUAGAUAGCAACGUUUUAUAAAUUAGCUCUGUUUUACUUUUUGUUUUACUGUUAUUGUGGAUGGAUUUGGUCUGUUGUCAAGAUUAGCGUACCAUCUAGCUAAUUUAUUGGCUUUUGUGAAAGCGAACUGGUACAUCCUGGCUGUUUAUGCCUGAAAUUCCCUGUUUGAUUUCAUAUUAUCGAAGCACCCAGUAAUAGCUAGCAAGUAGCGUACGAAUUAUUGGUGUCAUACCGCAGUAUUUUGUAGUUGGGUCAGUGGUUUUGACAGUUGGUUAGCUGGCUAGAUAGCCAUACUGUUACUCAGCCAUCAGUUACCCAACUACAACAACCAGGCGGGUUAUCUCAGUGAAGUAGCUACCGUGGAAGAGGGGGUGGGGGGCAGUUAAGUGAAAUAGCUAGCUAACUAUUAAUCUUUCUUCUCCGGUUAGGUAGUCAGAUAUACCUGUUAUCAUUUGGAAACAUCUUACAGUUUACCUUAUGUGGAUAUUUAUGGAACGGUUCCUUCUUUGCAGAAGCCAAAAUAACACCUUUUCAAUCAGUAGCUAAGGAUUUUUUCCUCCCUCGAAUAUGUUUAUUUUUAUUAUCUGUCAUAAUGUCUUUUUUGAGAGAUUGUAAGUAUUGGACCUAGACGAAGAGAAAGACGCUCAACCCGAGGGACAGACUGAUCCUCCGACCCUUACUCCCGGAUCUCCUUUUCCCCCGCUCUGUCCCUCUUGGAUCCCUCUCGUCCUGUGGGAAUUGGAUUUUGAUCGUGCAGUAUUUCACUGGACAUUCGUUUCUCUAUCUCUCCGGACAUUCCCACGGCUGGUGUUGUAUCGAUUCGGUCGAUCCAGGGUUGAAGAUGGCGGACCUCGAAGCAGUUCUCGCCGAUGUCAGUUAUUUGAUGGCGAUGGAGAAGAGUAAGUCUACUCCAGCAGCCAGGGCGAGUAAGAAAAUCAUCCUCCCCGAACCCAGUAUUCGGAGCGUGAUGCAGAAAUACCUGGAGGAGAGAGACGAGCUGACAUUUGACAAAAUAUUCAACCAGAAGAUCGGGUUCCUGCUGUUCAAGGAUUUCUGUAUGAAUGAGAUCGAUGAGGCGGUCCCCCAGCUUAAGUUCUAUGAAGAGAUUAAGGAGUACGAGAAGCUGGACUCGGAGGAGGAGAGGCUCUGCCGCAGCCGGCAGAUCUACGACGGGUACAUCAUGAAGGAGCUCCUGUCUUGCUCGCAUCCCUUCUCCAAGAAAGCAGUAGACCAUGUCCAGACUCACCUGGCCAAGAAGCAGGUGCCUCCCUCUCUCUUCCAGCCCUAUAUCGUGGAGAUCUGUGACAGCCUGCGAGGGAGUAUCUUCCAAAAGUUCAUCGAGAGUGACAAAUUCACUCGCUUCUGCCAAUGGAAGAAUGUAGAGCUCAACAUCCACUUGACAAUGAAUGACUUCAGCGUUCACCGGAUCAUCGGCAGGGGUGGCUUUGGAGAGGUUUACGGCUGCAGGAAGGCGGACACGGGCAAAAUGUAUGCCAUGAAGUGUCUGGAUAAGAAGAGGAUUAAGAUGAAGCAGGGCGAGACGCUGGCACUCAAUGAGAGAAUCAUGCUGUCUCUGGUCAGCACUGGGGACUGUCCGUUCAUUGUGUGUAUGACAUAUGCCUUCCACACUCCUGACAAGCUCUGCUUUAUCUUGGACUUGAUGAACGGUGGGGACCUGCACUACCACCUCUCUCAGCACGGGGUCUUCAGUGAGAAGGAGAUGCGCUUCUAUGCCGCUGAGAUCAUCUUGGGCCUGGAGCACAUGCACAAUCGCUUUGUUGUCUACAGAGACCUCAAGCCAGCCAACAUCCUCCUGGACGAACACGGCCACGUGCGGAUCUCUGACCUGGGUCUCGCCUGCGACUUCUCCAAGAAGAAACCUCACGCCAGCGUAGGGACCCACGGUUACAUGGCCCCCGAAGUACUGCAGAAGGGCACGGCCUACGACAGCAGCGCUGACUGGUUCUCUCUGGGCUGCAUGCUCUUCAAACUGCUACGAGGGCACAGUCCAUUCCGACAGCACAAGACCAAAGAUAAACACGAGAUCGACCGCAUGACGCUCACCAUGAAUGUGGAGUUGCCAGACUCUUUCUCUGCGGAGCUCAAGUCUUUGUUGGAAGGACUGUUACAACGAGACGUGGCAAAGAGGCUGGGCUGCCUAGGACGGGGGGCCUCGGAGGUGAAAGAGCACCUUUUCUUCAAAGGGAUAGACUGGCAGCAGGUCUAUCUCCAGAAGUACUCCCCGCCCCUGAUUCCUCCUCGGGGGGAGGUCAACGCCGCAGACGCCUUCGACAUCGGCUCCUUCGAUGAGGAGGACACCAAGGGCAUCAAGCUACUGGACAGCGACCAGGAGCUUUAUAAGAACUUCCCCUUGGUGAUCUCGGAGCGCUGGCAGCAGGAGGUGGCAGAGACCGUGUACGAGGCAGUCAACUCCGACACCGACAAGAACGAGGCCCGCAAGAGAGCCAAGAACAAGCAGCUGGGCCACGAGGAGGACUACGCGCUAGGGAAGGACUGCAUCAUGCAUGGCUACAUGCUGAAGCUGGGGAACCCCUUCCUGACCCAGUGGCAGAGGAGAUACUUCUACCUGUUCCCCAACCGCGUAGAAUGGCGAGGGGAGGGCGAGUCUCGGCAAAACCUGCUGACCAUGGAGCAGAUCGUGACGGUGGAGGAGACGCAGAUUAAAGACAAGAAGUGCAUCCUUCUGAGAAUCAAGGGGGGGAAGCAGUUUGUCCUGCAGUGCGAGAGCGACCCCGAGUUUGUGCAGUGGAAGAAGGAGCUGACCGAAGCCUUCACCGAGGCCCAGAAGCUGCUGCGCCGCGCCCCCAAAGUCAUCGUCAAGAGCCGCACGGGCGUGGUCGAGCUGUCCAAGCCUCCGCUCACGCACCGCAACAGCAACGGCCUGUGAGCCGCCAGACACGCUCCUCCCCCUCCCCUCCUCCCACCUAUGCCCUCACCCCUCACCCUGCUCUCCCCAGCUGACCG